GCUGUCAUCUGUUCUUCUGAAGAAGGUAAAAAAAGGCAAAUGGAUCACAACAAAUGGAAGAGAUCUUUAGGAAUAUGCAUUAUCAUUUUAUAUAUGGUAGUCGUUUUGAUGUGGGCAUGCAGAAACUGGCAUCCUGAUUACACAAGUAUGCCAUUGUUUAAUAAACAGAAAAUCUCGGAGGCUUUACAUUCAAUUACACCCAUCAAAGACUCGCAUCACUUCAUGGUGUCUGCAUUUAUUGACCACAGAUUGGAUGGGACCAUUCGAGUCAUCAGUAUAAUUGACAGACACAAUCUUCAGCCACUUUACUGUGUUUACUGCACUUUUGAACAUGACUGUAAAACAGCUGAGACUGACGUCAGGAUACAUAGUGACCAUUUUGGCUUCCCGUUUCAUGUCUCAGAUGUGAUUUGUAAAGGUAAACACUUGCAAAAUGCAACACGCGUCCUCAUCUCAACUAAAACUUCCCUGGACAAUGAAAACCACCAGUAUCUGCCAAUACAAAAUCGUGUAGUGAGUGAGACUUUCAUGUUUAACUUCACAGUUUGCAUCUCCAACCUUUUUGGUGACUACAACAAUGUUCUGCAAUAUGCACAAACUAUAGAAAUGUACAAGCUUCUGGGGGUUCAACGAGUGGUCAUCUAUAACACUAGUUGUGGACCAGACCUGGAAAACCUCUUAAAGCAUUAUGAAAGAGAGGGAAUAGUGGAGAUUGUUCCAUGGCCAAUCGACAAGUUUCUUAACCCGUCCCCAGGUUGGAACUUUAAGGAACACAAGGGUGACAUUCAUUAUUAUGGACAGUUGACAACACUCAAUGAGUGCAUUUACAGGCACAUGUAUCAAUCGAAGUAUGUUCUCCUGAAUGAUAUCGAUGAGAUUAUCGUACCUUACAAAUAUGCCAAUUUACCAUCGCUUAUGAAGAACCUUCAAGCUGAGCAUCCCAACGUGGGUGUGUUCCUCAUUGAGAACCACAUAUUCCCCAAAACACAGUUUGAGGUCAGUGGUCGCUUCAAGCGACCAGAAUGGCGUAAUAUUUCUGGGAUUAAUAUCAUGGAGCACAUUUAUAGAGAACCUGACCGAAAGAAUGUUUUCAAUCCUACAAAGAUGAUUGUUAACCCAAGGAUGGUGGAACAAACAUCGGUACAUUCCUCCUUGAAAAACUUUGGAGAGACAUACCACGUUCCAUUUGAUGUCUGUAGGAUUGUACACGUUCGAGUCCCACUGCAGGGGCAUCUGACCAAAGAACAGCUGGCUGUGGACAAAAAAGUGUGGGACUUUGAGCAAGAAUUGGUGCCAAAUGUUGACAAGGCAUUGGAGGGUUCUGGUUUGUUAAGACCUUACAGCUGACAUCAUCGAAUUGAAAUGUAAAAGCAUUCUUGUUUUUUUGUUGUUAAAUUGUAUUAUGAAAAGAUAUUUUGUCAUGUUUUGGAUGCUGAUUCUCAUGAUAGGGUGUUGGUUUGACAGUUUCAUAGACUAGAGGACAUCUUAAAGUCCCCCUUUGUUGAAAAUCCAGUUUGUAAUGUUGUUUAUAUGACUGUGUGGCGUUUUUAAUCUGGUUUAAGAUAAACCAUGUACUAAUUCAUAAUUUUUAACCAUGGCUGAGUAUUUUUUCCAUAAAACUGCAGUUUACCAAAGACAGUUUAAAAAUCCUGUUGAAACUUCCUUUUGAACUCUGUUUUUAUUGAUUUCUUGCAGCGGUCUACACUAUUAAAAAUAAAGGUGCCUCACAAUGCCAUAGGAUAACCUUUUUGUUUAUAUUGUUCCUUAAAGAACCUUUAACAUCCAAGGAACUUUUCUGUUUCACAAAAGGUUCUAUGUGUCAAAAUGGAUCUUCAGAUUAUAAAAAGGUAAGAAAGAAAUGGUUCUUAAAAGAACCUUUGACUGAAUGAGUCUUUGUGGAUCCAGAACUGUUUAUAUAGGGACUUUCAGCCUGCAGGAAAGAUUUCAUAGUUCCAGGACGAUUUGCUA